ACCUACACUUCACCACGAUCUGCUCUUCAUAUGCGACUAGUGGUCGGGGCUGUAUGACAAUUUUUUUCAAAAUCAAUCAAAGGCUCUUAAAUCUAUUGAAGUAUUAUGUGGGCCUACACAUGUAUUGUUCCCUACUCAACGAAUGUGUUGUUCCUUACUCAACGAAUGUGUUGUUCCUUACUCAACGAAUGUGUUGUCUCUAACUAUACAAUCAACAUAAGAGUCUUCUUGGUAAUUUAUAGAUUUAUCAUAAAUACUUCGUAGGAAAAAUGCAAUAUUUCGAAUGCAUGUGAGAGGUUGAGGUUUUAAGUAGCCAUGGUGAUCUAACUCCAUUAUAGACUCGGUAUAGGAGGAACGGAAGGACAUGAGAUGUGUGUAUUGGUAUGCUGGUUCCAGGGCUCCUAUCCCAUACUUACACAGGGGGAGACCUUAACCACCCACUUCAGACCCACACAUUGUCCACAUUCGGAUUAAUAUGUCCAUAUUGCCUGACUCCGAAUAAGGAUUUCUGAUUAUUACAUUAUUUUCUUAGCGAUGUUUGAUAUAACACGUGAAGUAUUCGUAAGGGUCCUUAAGUAAAGUAAAGGCAUUGGCCCGAUGGGAGAGACUGAGGCAGUAUGUGAGGGCCGGAUGUUAUAGACUACUUAUCCCACCGGAAGAAUAUUUCAAAACUUUGGCAGACAUGGACGAUUUAAUGUACCGUAUGGACACCAGGGAGCGGACAUUUUAUGAACGACAGAGUCGGUUUCGAAAACCGAAAGGACUUAACAGGGAAUUAUCGAGACUUUCUUCUAAAAGUUUGUCAACAGGAAAUUUGAGUUCGAGGAGUGGAGAGAGUUGUUUUAAUGGGGAUAGUGUGUCCAGCGUUGAGGUUCCGCCACUUCCGGUCAUUCCUGAUAUGUCACCAACUCCCACAAAGAAAGAGUAUGUGGAGGAUUACGACUAUGACGCAAAUGAAGAUGUGAAGCUGGAAGACGUGAAGACAUUCGUGACGCCCCGACGGAAAACGACGAAGACGGCCGACAUAUAUUUAUUGGCGUGUAAACGGUGUAAAGCUACCGCCCUGUCUAAUUAUACUCGACAGCUUCAGGCACCCAUGACAGCCUCCAUCGACCUUGCCAACAACCUCAUCACCGCUCAUGAUACGAAGGCAAUAGCGGUUUCACUCGUGAGAGAUAAGAGGAUCGUCAGUGUUGACUUAUCGAACAACAAGUUGGGACCUCUGGGAGUCAUGUACAUAAGUGAAAUGCUCGUCAGGAACAGUACAUUAAUGGAACUGGACCUGUCUCAAACCUUUCCUGGUCCUGAGGGGCUAGAAGUUCUGGGCGAGGCAAUGCAACACAGCGGUUCUCUCCAAGUUCUCAAGCUCGAAGGGAAUAAUAUAGAGCAUACGGAAGUUAAGACAAUCGUUAAAGUAAUGCAGAGCGUGCGGUUACAAGAGCUUUAUCUGGGCCACAACUCUCUGGGCUAUCAGGGCUUCAGCGCCCUGGCAAGUGCAAUAGAAACUAAUACCACACUGCGGAUACUUGACCUACAGUGGAAUCAUAUCCGCCGUGACAGCGCCAAGCAAGUGUGCAAGGCUAUAGCGGCGAACAAAGGUCUCAGGACUUUAAACCUAGCCUGGAAUGGGCUUGGAAAGGAGGGAUGCAUCGCCUUAUGUAGGUCACUACCGAAAAAUGUCACCCUACAAGAACUCGACUUGAACAGCAACCGGAUAGAUACUACGUCACUCAGGUUUCUGCUUCAUGGUCUGGUCCACAACACGUGUCUCAAGUGUGUGCGGAUCGGCCGAAACCCUCUAACAACAGAUGGUGCUAAAGCAAUAUUACGUGCCUUACAGUCCUCCAAAAAGUCAGUUAUACAGGAUUUAAUUUUAGAAGAUGUUUCCGUAGAUGAUGAGUUCAUGACAUUGCUUACCAAACUCCAGGAAACAAAGAAAAUGAAAGUAGUCCACGGGGAAAUACUUUCUUCUGGAAUGAACAUAAAGGAACGGAAGCAUGACCCUCAUGAUCUAAACAGAUUUGAUCCCGUUUUAGUUUUAGUGGAAUAUAUGCGCAUAGACAAUCUUCGUCUUAUAGACUUUUUCCAAUAUCUUGAUACGACAAAUCGGGAACAGCUAUCUAGGACGGAUUUCCGCGAUGGAGUAGCGAAUCUCAGGAUUCCUCUUACGGAACAUCAUUUGGACAUUGUCAUGCAGACGCUGGAUUUAAAGCAUGAUGGAUACGUGGAUUUAGAAGAAUUCAUGACAGUCCAGAGAGAUGUUCAGCGCCAGAUUACCAACAGAACUACUAGGGCCAGGCGGCGCACCGGCAAAGACGACGAGGGGCUCCUAGGGCUCCGAAAAAUUCUUAAGGAACUUAUAGAAAAAAGGAACAAAGAAAACAAAGAAAAGGCUGCAGCUAGACGCUUUUCAUUGGCAUGGAAUAGUGCGGUACGACAAGCGUCGAACUCACGCAGAUUUUCGGACCCGGUGGUAUCAAUGUCAAACGAACAGCAAGAAAAGAAAAACCCAGUACACUUGUUAGAACAGCUAAUGAAAACAGAUAUUACCGGAAGCACAAUUCCGAUUCCUGAAGAGGAAGUUGUCUAGAAAUUGACGGCAGCGCUUUCUGUCAUCUCAUAAUGAAUAAAUGAAAUAUUUGUUUCGACGGUAUGUCCCUUUAAAAACUUGUAUUUAUCAUUUGAGGGGAAUGGAUACAAAACGCAUAUGGCAGAGAAUUAGAUAAUGCAAUGAUCGUCGUUAAUUGCAAAACAUAUUUAACUCCCACACAGUAAAGAUAUUUGUUCGGUUCAUAAUGCUUGCCAAUAUCUACAACACACUGUCUACGAAGACCUGAAAUCGUUAGCUAUAGUUAUUGGUCGAUAUUAAAUCAAUGUCAUGCUAUGUUAUGUCUAGCAUGCAUUUCCGUUGGGUUAAUUGGCAUUGAAAUAUAUUAUGAUAUGUGCGUUUAUCAUUUCUAUGAAUAUGUAUAGUAUACCCUAUGAAAUGCCCUUUGUACAAUAUUUGCAAUGAAAGAACAAUGUACCAAGAAAGAACUGAUCCCUGUGACCGGUCCAAAGAAAAGCAAAUAAUUAGCUUUCUCUUUAACUAUUCAACGACCUUUUGUCUUUAAAUCAAAUACCAUGAAGUCAGGUAAUAAGACAACUGAUACUCACAUUUGGAUGACAGUUUGUUUCAGUUUGAUUAUUUGAUUCUUGAAAUGCUAUCAUCAUUAUAUUAAAAAUAAUCAUCUUGCAAAUUUUACGAAGAAAGAUAACGGAAAACAAUUUGACCUGCAAAUCAAACAAAACUCGUGUUUUACUCAACCCAAUCAACGAAAGCGCAUUAUGUAGUUCAACAACACUAUUAUGCAGAUUAAGGUUUCAUCGAGUAUAGAUUUGUUGUCAGGAUGUCGUCAUUCCCUAGACCAACACAUACAGAAUAGGUUGUAAUACAUAGUCACAUCAUUUAAUUAAUGUAUCUGGCCGUAUCAUCCUCGUUCAUACUCGUUAAGAUACGAUGUGUUUCACAUGUCAAAACCAAACGCCAGGCACCUAAGCCAUUACAUUUGUUUGGUUGCAUAACCAAUAUAACACUAAACAUUACAAAUAUGCUGACGACAUUAUCAUUGUUAAGUAAGCCAUUGCCAUUUAACUGUAUCAUUUAAAACAUACUUUUAUAUGUCAUGCCCAGGGGUGUAGGAUAGGGAAAUUCAA